CGCAGCAAGAAAUGAUGACGUAAUCACACACAUUUCCGGAUGGUGUGGCGCCUAAUAAUUUCGUUCGUAGUUUCAGACGUAGAUUCUAAACAGUGAGUAAACAAGUAAACAGAAUUCAGUUUGUUGAUGAUUGUUAACAAACGUCAGUGUGUUAUUCAUCUUAAUCGUGGCUUGAAAAUGUUGAGUAGAAUUGUUGCCAGACGUGUUUCAUCUCUUUCUACGCCACUGAAGAAAGUAGGCCCUGGGAAAUACCCUAUUCCUGAUACACCAGGAUACAAAGCAUUUAUGGAGAGACAAACUUUGUUCCUAGAAGAAGAUGGCAACCCAGUUUGGAAGAAAUUGCCAAAAGACAAUGCCUUGUAUAUAACUGCAGUCAGCCUUGUUAGUGUGGCGACAAUCUGGACUGCUUACUCUCUGUUUGUGUUUGCAUCACCUCCUAAGAAUGGUUAACCAUAUCCAAGGCUAGCUCAUGGGAUCCAUUUGACUUUAAGUCACACACUGUCUAAACCAGUGUCCAUGGUUGAAUUUUUUUAUGCUAGAAAAGAUUGUCAGUUGUUUAGAGAAGUUUGGAUAAAAUCUUGCCUGUCUGAGUGGUUGUAGUUGGCAUACAGUGUUAAAUUAUGUUGUGGACAUUUUUGUGAUUGAUCAAAAUAAAGUUUUAAAACAAA